AUGAAGGCCUUUUCAUAUUUGGCUGCAUUACUGCCAGCUGUAGCUGCGCAAACUCUCUGCGAUCAAUAUUCAACCAUCUCGGCCAACGGUUUCACUAUCAGUAACAAUCUCUGGGGCGAGUCAUCUGGAACUGGAUUCGGUUGUAUCACGAAGGAGUGGAUCACUGAUGCCACAGCGUGGCACGCUGAUUGGCAAUGGUCCGGCAAUCCUAGCAACGUCAAAUCAUAUCCAAACGUGCAAAGAAAUAUAGGAGCAAAGCAGCUAGUCAGCACUAUCAACAGCAUGCCCACCGGCGCUGUAUGGAAUUACACUGGAAACAACCUGCGCGCUGAUGUUGCCUACGACUUGUUCACUGCUUACGACCCCAAUCACCCGACUUACUAUGGAGACUUUGAGCUUAUGAUCUGGCUUGGUAGAUAUGGUGACAUCUACCCUAUUGGUUCAUCCCAGGGUAAUGUCAAUAUCAACGGCCAAGAUUGGCAGCUGUACUAUGGAUGGAACGGCCAGAUGCAGGUCUACAGCUUUGUUGCUUACAACCCUAUCCAAAACUGGAACGGAGAUAUCAAACAAUUCUACAGUUGGUUAGCUUCAAACAGAGGAUACCCUAUUGGCAGCCAGUAUCUUCUUAGUUACCAGUUCGGAACUGAGCCAUUCUCUGGCGAUGGAGUCUUUAUCUGA